CCAGGGCGCCAUGGUGCCCAGGACCGGGUCUGCAUGUCACUCUUAUUUUUUAGACGCAGUGUCAUCAAUUUCCACUAUAGCUCAAUAACCUUUAAAGUGUUAAGAGGAAACUCUUGGUAAAAUUUGAUAUGAAAUCCUAAAAUAACUGAAAAUGUUUUGAUCAAAAGUCCUGCAAGCUCCAUCGACUGUAUUUGAGAGCUGGACUGAGUGAGUGUGACAUCACCCAUAGAAAAUGGUUUAAUUCUGGCUCCAAGAAAAAAGGUCAGUUCAGUCGUCAUUUGUUCUGGUAAAUAUACAGUAGAUGCCACCAUGUUGGAGCCAGACGUUGUCAGAAAGCAUUGAUUGAUCCGAGUCAUCGUUUCUAUGGCAACCACUGUGGCCUACCAGUUAAUGAAAAGCAGACUACGAGAAAUCUGUCAAUCACAUUUAAUGGCAAGUAUGCAGCUUUUAGAAAAUCACAAGAGCUAAAAGUGUCGGGUUUUGAACAAAGUGCUUGUUUGUAAAUAUAUUGAUAGAAAAAGUCUCCAGUAAAAGUAUCAAUGAAAACCACUUCAGAGUAGAAACAGAUGAACCCUUCCCUCAGAACCUCCCCCUCCACUUUAAAGAAGUGACUGUAGCAGGACACACACAGGCUGAGGGGAUAUUAGCAGAGAACUGAGGGAGUAAUCUGAUUGAGUUAUAGGAGCAACAGCACAUCCGCCUCCGUCUCGUCGCUAUGAGGUUCGAGGAAAUCCUGGAUGAUGUUGGGGGCUUCAGUAAGUUUCAGUUUCUUCUCCUGAUCAUCCUGUGCUUGCCCCGCGCCAUCCUUCCCCUCCACUUCCUCCUGCACAACUUCAUCUCCGCCACCCCUCCUCACCGCUGCUCCCUCGGGAGCCCGGAGGACAGCAAUGGAAGCAGCUGGGAGGUCGACCCAGAGGUGCUGGCCCUCCGGAUCCCCCGAGAGGAGGACGGCUCCUUCAGCUCCUGCAGGGUCUUUGAGGCGCCGCUGAGCAGCAACCUGAGCCGAGCAAACGGCACGGUGGCGUGUCAGCACGGCUGGACCUACGACCACACACAAUUAAGCUCCACCACUUCUUCUGAGUGGGAUCUGGUUUGUAAUGAAAAACAUCUGAAUCAAGCUCUCGCCACCUACUUCUUCCUUGGGGUGACACUUGGAGCCAUUGUUUUUGGACAACUGUCAGACAAGUUUGGGCGUAAGUCCAUGAUUCUGGUGGCUUUUAUUUCCUCCACCUUGCUGGGAGCCACCUCAGCCUUCUCCACGUCUUACGUCAUGUUUGCUGUCUCCAGAGCCCUCUGCGGCAUGGCCCUCAGUGGGAUGUCCAUCAUUAGUGUCGUUCUAGGUAUCGAGUGGACAGACAUAAAGCACCGAACAUUCACGACCAUCAUCACUGGUCUGUCAUGGAGUGUGGGGAACAUGCUUCUGGCCCUUCUGGCUUUCUUCAUUCGAGACUGGAGGCAUCUAACUUUGGUGGUGACGGCGCCCAUCGUCCUUACCAUCAUCUCCUGGUGGUGGCUGCCUGAGUCCGCGCGCUGGCUGCUGACUCAUGGCAGAACCGAGGAAGCCAGGAAGUAUCUGAUUCAAUGUGCCAAAAUGAACGGGAGGAAAGAAGACACGACCAAACUGCAUACAGAGAUUUUGGCAAAAAUCACAGUGUCAGAAGUUGCCGAGAAGAAGCACACGUACCUGGAUCUGGUAAAGACUCCUCAGCUGAGGAAGAUCACCCUCUGCUCCGGGUUCUUCUGGUUUGCAGUCGCCUUCCUUUACUACGGCAUCAGCUUUAGGAUCUCUGGUUUCGGUGUGAACAUCUACCUCACCCAGUUCAUCUACGGCGCAGUCGAAGUUCCCGCCAAAAUCCUGGCUUUCUUUCUGGUUGAUUGGAUCGGCCGGCGGAAUGGCCAGGCGUUGUUUCUGAUCUCAACAGGAGUUCUGAUUGGAGUAAACACAGCCAUACCUUUAGAGUACACAGUUCUUCGUACAAUUGUUGCUGUGGUGGCAAAAGGUUUGUCUGAAGGGGCCUUCACCACGGCGUUCCUCUACUCAGCUGAGCUCUACCCGACUGUCCUCAGACAGUGUGGAAUAGGCUACACCUCAUGUAUCUGCCGGAUUGGAAGCUCGCUGGCUCCCAUGGUUAUGCUGCUGGAGGACGCUUGGCUUCUUCUGCCGCCGCUCAUCUUUGCCGGGACCGGGAUAUUCAGCGGCAGCCUGGUGUUCCUGCUUCCAGAGACUCUAAAUGCCCACCUACCCGAAAACAUCUUAGACGUGGAGGAAGGAAGACACAUGCAGAGUGAGGAUAAAGCUGCACAGAUCGAGAUGAAGCAAAUAAACCACAACGACGACACAGCCGCUUCAAAGGGGAACUGAUUCAGCAGUCGGGAUCAAAUCCUCAUGGCGCUCAUGGAAAACUUCAGCCUGAUACCUGCUGAAGCUGUAAGAAGGAAAUAAUUAGGUGCUUUUGAAUUUCAUUGUAAACUUCGACUGAUUUCCAGACUGCUCCAUGGUAACAUUUCUACCUGUUAAACAACCAGCAGGGGUAGGAACUUGAUUGAUCUCACUUGAAAUGAUCUUUUACAUUUUUAAUGAUCUAUAUACUUGGUCAGUUGACACAUGAAGGUGAAAAAGUGUUUUUUGAAUAAGUAAUACUGAGUGUAUUUUCAUGUUCUGAUAGUAAAGUUGUUGCGAGUGUUUUA